AUGAACAGCCACAACAACCAGAGACAGGAAAUCAACACGCCAAAGUCUCAUCUCCCUGCUGAGAGAAAUAUUACCACCAGAACCCCAACCAUAUCUUCCAGUCUCCCCCAAGCUGCUCAAACAAGACAUCAACCUCAAGAACAAAGAAUCAGUCCUCAAGUUGGGCCCCGAACUCAACCUCUUGCGACAGGGUUUCAAACUGCAUCGCUUGGGAGGGUUUCUCCCAUACGGCCUGUCCUUUGUCCAGUUCAGCCAGAAAGCCCUUUUACUUUUUCCAAACCAGAAAACGGCUGUGUUACACCAUCUAGAUCUGGUGGCCAGCCUACCCAAGCAAGCAAGCUCCAGCCUCAACCUCAACCUCAAAACAGCAAAUUACAACGCUGUGAAAAAGAACCACAUCAGCAUUGCCCAAACGACCCCGCUCAAGAGAGAGGCUGCCCAUCGCCAGCAAAGUCAUCGAGGCCCACGAGGCCCGAUAAUCCCUCAACUGGUUCUCCUCAGGUUGAGGAUAGAGCGGCCGCUGAGAGAGAGCGCACAAAACAGGGCUUGCGGGCUGAGUUCUUCUUCAGGUACAGCGCAGAGACCAAUCGCCUGAGGAUGCGUCGUAACCAAUCGUUUUGGUGGAUCCUGCUGUUGGCCGGCACCAUCCUGCUGAUGGUCGCCUACUACGAUUCCUCCUUGACACCAAAGACAAAGCCCUACUGCGACGACAACAACACCAGCGACACCUGCAAUUCUUGCCCUCAGAACUCAAACUGCUCUAGAGGCCGCGUCGCAGGUGCAGGCAGCAGUGCUGAUGCUGGCUGA